AUGCAGCCUGACCUGGGUCCUCCAAGCCUUCUGCCCACCUGCGGUAAAGGGGCAGUGACAGGGCCAGAGGUCGUGGCCAGGAACCAGGGCUUCACUCAGUUCUCUCCUCCUCCAGGCGCCCGCGGCUCGGAAGCGGAGGGCCGACUCCGUGAGAAACUUUUCUCGGGCUAUGAUAGCUCGGUGAGGCCGGCGCGGGAGGUGGGAGACCGCGUCGGGGUCAGCGUUGGUCUCAGCCUAGCGCAAUUAAUCAGCCUGAACGAGAAGGAUGAGGAGAUGAGCACAAAGGUCUACUUAGACCUGAAAGAAGAAACUGGGGCCCGAUGAGAGGGAAGGGGAAAUUAGUUGAUAGGGUCCCAAAGAGUGCAGGUGGAGUCUUAAACAGAGCCCCGGCCUCCAGAACCACAGACCAUGCCUGCGCGGCUCUCUUCCCUUGCACUCCCUGCCCGGGC